CUAAUAUUUAAAAAGUUUAAUUUCAUAAAUAAAAAUGUUCAAGUACGCAUUGGUUUUAGUGUUGGUACUAUUCACUUUUACAAGUGUCCAAGGCUUCGGGUGUUCUAACAACGAACACGGUAGUAUUUGUGGAUCUUACAAAGAACCAGAAUGUUAUCGACACUUUUAUACGCCUUCUGCAAUAGAAUGCAUUCAACGAUUACGACCAGGUUGCCGAUGUGAUAAAGGAUAUGUUAGAAAUCCUCACUCAAAACAGUGUGUUCAAAAAAUUGAAUGUUUAGCGGCAACGGCAAGAGGAUUGGGUUGGAGCGCUCAAAAUUGGAUUGAUCAAAUUUUAAUUUAAAUAUUAAUUAUUAAUAAAACUCGAGGUUAUUUUGUCAAAAUCUCGUGUGUUCCUUGAGAUACCAAAUUUUGGCGGAGUAUCCUCGAAUUUUAAAAUUAAAACAAAGCAUAUUCACUACUAAAUAUUUUUAUCAAUUUAUUAAUUACUUCGAUAAAACAUUAUGAUGCUUAAUAAAGUAUUUGUCACUGCCAUUGUAAAAUAACUCAGGAGUUUAUUGUUUCAAUAACAUGAAAGCAUAAUUGGCAGUAUUGGUAAUAAAAACAUUUUUAAUUAUUAAUAAUCAAGUUUUUUGUUAUUCCUGUACAUUUCUGAAA